UGUUAAGGGCUCAGUGGGUUUGAUGCCCUCAGCUCCGCCAUGGAGUUCUCCGAUUUGACCACACAAAAAAACGGGCGGCUGAGGAAACUGACAGGCGCCACCUUCCCACCCGGACACAAGAGGGACAUGGACAGGGAAGGAGCAAGCUCAUCUGAGACAGAAAUGGGAGAGGACGAUACAGAUGGUCUGAUCAGGAGUUCGGACUCUGAGGACAGGAGGCAUACCAGGGUCCGGCCUGGAAUUCACGGCGAGCUGGGGAACGUGUUGCUCUUGUUGUUCCUCUACGUGCUUCAGGGCAUUCCUCUCGGACUGGCUGGCAGCAUCCCUCUGAUCUUACAGAGUAAGAAUGUCAGCUACAAAGACCAAGCUUUCUUCAGCUUCGUCUUCUGGCCGUUUAGUUUGAAGCUUCUCUGGGCGCCACUGGUUGAUGCUCUGUACUUCAGCAGGUUUGGUAGAAGAAAGUCUUGGCUGGUACCAACACAAUACAUUCUGGGUCUGUUCAUGCUCUACCUUUCUGGAACAGUCAAUUCACUGCUUCAGAACAGCAAAGGUCCAGAUGUGGUGAUUCUCACUGCUGUCUUCUUCAUGCUUGCCUUCCUGGCAGCUACACAAGACAUCGCUGUGGAUGGCUGGGCCCUCACUAUGUUGUCCAGAGAAAAUGUGGGCUACGCAUCUACAUGCAACUCUGUAGGUCAGACAGCUGGCUACUUCCUGGGAAACGUACUCUUUCUGGCUCUGGAAUCAGCUGAGUUUUGUAACAAAUACCUCAGAAUAGAGCCCCAAGACACAGGAAUUGUCACGUUGCCAGACUUCUUAUUUUUCUGGGGAGUGGUCUUCCUAAUUUCCACCACACUGGUAGCCAUCUUUAAAAGGGAAAAUGGACAUGGCCGAGGGAGGAGGAAUGUCCCAGAAGAGACACAGGGUGUCAUGGAGACAUACAAACUGUUGUUCUCUAUUGUCAAAAUGCCCACAGUUUUCACCUUUUGUGUCUUGUUGCUCACUGCUAAAAUCGGUUUCUCUGCUGCAGAUGCAGUUACAGGUCUGAAGCUGGUGGAGGAAGGAGUUCCUAAAGCGCAGCUGGCGCUGCUGGCAGUACCCAUGGUGCCUCUGCAGAUCCUCCUACCAGUCAUCAUCAGCAAAUACACAGCAGGGCCUCGACCUCUGGAUGUCUUUUACAAAGCAUUCCCAUUUAGGUUGCUCAUAGGGCUCGAGUACGCUCUGCUGGUGUGGUGGACCCCCAGUGUGAAACAAGAAGGAGGAUUCCCAGUUUAUUACUACGCCAUAGUGCUGCUCAGCUACGCAUUACAUCAGGUGGCGCUGUACAGCAUGUAUGUGGCUUGCAUGGCCUUCCAUGCCAAAGUGAGUGACCCCCUGAUAGGUGGGACCUACAUGACCCUGCUCAACACGGUCACCAACCUUGGAGGAAACUGGCCUGCCACCUUGGCUCUGUGGAUGGUCGAUCCUCUGACCUCUAAGGAAUGCCGGGGGGUUGCCAGUCAGAGCUGUGGCUCCACAGUGGAGGCGGGGCUGUGCGUGAAGGAAGGAGGCGUUUGCGUUACGACCUUGGACGGUUACUACGUGGAGUCUGUGGUUUGCGUUGUGAUCGGUUUAGUUUGGUGGUUGUGGUUGGGGAAGAAAAUGAGGCGACUGCAGGAGCAGAGUCCUGCUGCCUGGAGGUGCAGAGUGAACCAGUGAAUCUACACCAGCACCUCCGUCCAAACAGACUCUCCGUAGUGAGCUGUACUUUCUUAUUCUGCUUUAGAGCAGCUACAGUAAACGCUGGACUCGCUGUAAUACAUCUCAUUCUGUCUGCUUGUUGUUGUGGCUGCUACAUUCUGAAAACAUUUCCCUUCAAAUCUAAAAAAGUUAAAUCUGGUCCUCUGGACAUUCAA